GCGUGACUUAGUCCGCGCAAAAACGUCACUGACUGUAUAAAUACAGGGCAGUUCGUUCUGUGCGUGACUGACGUAACGUUCGUUGUUGUGGGUUUGACGGAUUAAUCGAAACAAAAAAAUCGCUUCAUUAGAGUGCCAUGGCACGUACUAAACAGACCGCCCGUAAAUCCACCGGUGGUAAAGCCCCCAGGAAGCAGCUGGCCACCAAGGCUGCCAGGAAGAGUGCGCCCUCCACCGGUGGAGUAAAGAAGCCCCACAGAUACCGCCCUGGAACUGUGGCUCUUCGUGAGAUCCGCCGGUAUCAGAAGUCCACAGAGUUGCUGAUCCGCAAGCUUCCUUUCCAGCGUCUGGUUCGUGAGAUCGCUCAAGACUUCAAGACUGACUUGCGUUUCCAGAGCGCAGCUAUCGGCGCCUUGCAGGAGGCAAGCGAAGCAUACCUGGUGGGUCUGUUUGAGGACACUAACUUGUGCGCCAUCCACGCCAAACGUGUCACCAUUAUGCCCAAAGACAUCCAGUUGGCCCGACGAAUCCGGGGAGAGCGAGCUUAAACUCUUUACUAUAUACUCAACUUUUUUGUGUGUGUGGAGGAAUAUAUGGGGGUGGGGUUUGAUGUGUGGGAGGGGCAUCAGGGUUCUUACACUUUGACUAUAAAUGCCGGUGUAGUUUAAGUUUAUUUUUUGUAAUUUUUUUUGGUAGUUGAGGUAAGGGAGGGGUAUCUUGUGGUUGAUUAGUGGGUGGGGUGGGCGGGCGGGCGGGCAUCAGAACAUUCCGGGAGCUCCUCAGGGUUUUAAAGUUUGUAUUUUAGACUUUCAUAUGCCUCUGGCUAGUCUGCAUGAUUCAUGGGUUAGAAUGUGUGUCCAUUUUAUUUCGAUCAUUAUAUUGGGUUUCUCUUCUGUUGUGGCCAUUUGGUUGUAAAUAAACUUAACACUACCUCAA